AUGGAGGCCAUAGUCCAUGUUUUUGAAACAUGGACGAAGAAAUUUCCGGGUGAUGUUAUCCUGGAGAAAUGGGUGAACGACACUCUCGAAGCUGCGCGAGGCCUCAUUCUUGCAGCUGGAAAAGCUGCGAUUGCCAGUCCUUGUCUCGGACUCGAGUUCUACGGAAAAAAAAAACCAGUCAAAGUCAAUCAUACUCAGAUACCCGAGAAACGAAAGCCCAAGGUUCAGAAGCUCGAUACCCAUAUCUUGUCAACCUUCGAUGACGACCGGUAUAUCAGUGCUGGUGAAGACGAGGACAGUCGAAAAGGUGGUGCCAAGAUGCACCCACUGCUUCGCAAGGUUUCGAAGCCUUGUCAUUUAUCAAGUGAUCCCACUGGGGAAAAACUUGUUCGGUGCAUUGCAUUUGCCAGCCAUGGCUGUAACAUCACAUGGUCAUGGCCAAGAGCUCGACAACGAAUCAUGAAGCAUGCUCCACCUACCAUGACCACUUCGAGCUUGACCGACGAACAUCAAGGCAGAUGUUCAGACUCGGAUGAUGAAGAUGGGGAUUGGCUUGAUAAUGGUGAUAUUGCGGACCAUGUGGGUUUAACUGGCGUGAAAAGGACUGAGUUCGACGUGGGUAAAGAUAUUAACAUAUCAUCCACGUACCUCCUCGAUAUUUUGUCGGACCACGCUCUACAGCCCACGGCUGCUUGCGGAGGUCUGUCGACACCAAAGGUGAUGGCUGCCACAACUUCAUCCUCGACACCGAUGGGUGACGACGAGUGGGAGGAAUGGUGA